AUGCACUGCUGGUCAAAGACAGAGCCCAAUAGAAGGUGGACUGCCUCCGCGGCGCGCGCCUUGCAGUUGCUCAAGCCAGCAGAUACACAUUCAUGGCAUGGUGCAGCUGUUGCGCUAGGCUCAGGCUGCGCUAGGCCUGUCGGCUUGCAAAGGACGCCGAUGGAGCCUGUGGCGUCUACGAGUAGCAGCUCGGGAGACGAGAGCGCUCAGGGCCAACGCUUCGGCGCCCGCCCGAACGGCCCAACGAACGGCAUCUCAUCAUCUGCCUCUGCGGCGAACGCGACGGAUCCGUCCUCUCGCAUCCCUCGCUAUGGCAGCAAGUUUAGCUUAGAGGAACUGAAUGGUGCGGCCAGUCACUCGUCUGCGCCCGUCUAUGUCAACGGCGGAGGCUAUCAUAAUUAUCCGAGUAGGCAGUCUGCAUCGCCUUACAAUGGCCUGCAGGCGCCCUAUGACGAUCUGAAAUCUCUGCCAGGAGGCGAGAGCAAGUCAGCAAGACGAUCGAACAGCGUCUCGCUCUCCGGUCAGCAGUGGUCGGCCAUGACGCCCGCAGAUUUUAGAGCGCUCCUUGCGAGUACCUGGAGAGCGCUCAAGCGGGACUGGGACGAGGGACGAGGCUUCAGAGCAUGGAUUCUAGAGCUACGGACGAGGCCUAACACAGCACUGCGGCGGCCGUUUGCAAAGAGCUUGGGCAGAUUACCGGCUUGGCUCAUCUACUCUACCCUUGCUGUCAUCAUCUUGUUCUAUCUGCGUAGCUCGGGUCGCCAAGCUCGGCAGAACACCCACAGUGAAGCAGAGCGGUGGCUUCAGCAAUUGCAGAUAGACCGCGUCGUGCCUCGUGGCGAGCGACGCACGAGAGCGCUAAACAGCUAUCGGAAUCCGUAUGGCUUCAUCGGUCUCGUCGAUCCCUAUGCAGGUGGCGUCUUCAACCCCUCCAUUCUCGUCUUGCCAGAUACCGUCCCGCUCGAGAAUCGUAUCGUCGUGGUCGCAAGAGGAAGCGAGGGAAUAGAUGUAGUAGAAGGAGAUGAUGUGCGAUGGGAGACCGUCGUUGGCUGCUUCUUGCUCGAGCUCAAGCGACCCAGGCUAGGCUUGCCUUACCUAGCACGCGAGAGCGAUCUGUAUACCCUCAACCUGCCAGCGGAACGUAAACCGUCUUAUCAGCGAUGCGACAACAAAGACUGGAAUGUGUACAUCGGGGCAGAGGAUCCUCGCUUGUUUAUCACCGACGACGGACAACCACUCCUGAUUUAUUCGCAGACGGGCAACGCGCCCAUGAUCUGCAGAGCCAUCUUCAUCAUCGACGCCCGCGUCGUUAUACCCGGCUUGAAGAGUGCGCUCAAGAAAGCAGGCUACAAUCCGCCGAUCCAGUUCAAGAACCAGACUGACUUGAUAAGGGAGGACCAAUCUAAUAUCGAAAAGAAUUGGUCACCUUUCUUGGGCGACUUCAAUGAGCUGUACUUCCAUGUCAGCCUCGUGCCGCAGCAGAUCUACAAGUAUGUGCCCGAUCUGACCAUGCGCAAACUAUUACCGCACUCGCCCGAGUCAAACUGUCUGACCGAUCUGCUCGGCGCUGAUCUCGGUCACACCCACCUGCAUCACGCAACACCGCUCAUCCGUGCCACACUGUGCAAUCGUGGAGAAUGCAAGCCGACAAUACAUAACACCGUCCUCGUUGGGCUCAUACACGUCAAGUACCAUCCGGAACCGUACCUCUACUACGAAAGGAGAGCGGUCACCUGGAAUGUCACCUCACCAUUCGAAUAUCUCAGCGUCAGUCCACCUUUGACUUAUAUGGGCACGAAUCAGGCCGACCCCAUCUUCACGGUCUCGGUCGUCUGGGAUCAUCCUUCGUCCAAAGGCGGAGGACUUGGGCUCAAUCAUGGCUUCCUGGACGACCGCAUGAUCAUCAGCUUUGGCGUAGCAGACUAUGGCAGCGGCUACAUCGAUGUGGUGGCAGGCGAUGUACUAGCUGAGCAUACCAUGUGCAAGGCCAGCACGCCGCUCUGGUGAGAUCAGACGAUGAUGACGACGUGAGACUUCUUGCAAUUUCGACAACAUAACACUGGCAUGCUGAUACCCUGCAAAGCAGCCGAUGGACUUUGUUUGCGGCUCGUGGUAGUGAUUAGCAGUAAAGCAAGGGUGUAAUUCGCAACUUGUAUCAUAGACAAUGCACGAGAUGACUUUUUACGCGUACUCCUGACGCAGCUUGACCUUCUGGAUCUUGCCUGUUGACGUUUUGGGCAGUUCGGGCACGAUGAUGACGACAUGAGGGCGCGCAUAGCCAGAAAGCUUUGUUUUUGCGUACGCUUUGAGCUCAGUCUCGAAAGCAGCAUGGUCUGGCCAUCUCUUCGGGUCCCGCAGGACGACGAUAGCGCAAGGCCGCUCUCCCCACUUUUCGUCCUUUUUGGCUAUCACGGCGACCUCUAACACGUCCGCGUGACCAGCCAGAGCAUUCUCGACAGCCUGCUCAGUCUUUCAGCUCGAUCUGGCGGGGAUAAAG